AUGCGCCUAGGCUCCGAUCCAUCGCGGAGGUCUCCAUCGCCUUCCCAAGCUUUCGCCAACGGCCGCAACGGCGUCUCGCCAUCCGGCCUUGGAAAAGCGACAAACGGCAGCGCACAUGGCGCGACUGAGAGCAAUGGCGACACUACUUCCUUCACCAACGGCAGCAGGCCUGGCGCGCCCACCACCUUCUUCGGCCACGACAGAGAGGAGGUAACAAGGAUCUUGAUUCAAGGCCUCUCAGAUCUUGGAUACCACAACGCGGCUGCCUCGCUGAGUCAGGAGAGUGGGUUUGAGCUCGAGGGUCCGACUGUUGCAGCGUUUCGGAAUGCGGUGCUCCAGGGCGAUUGGGCUGAGGCCGAGGCGCUAUUAUUCGGUACAACGAUCGAGGAUGGUGGAGGAGUAGGCAUCGGUGAUGGUGCAUACGGCUAUGGAAAUGGAAAGGAGCCCGACAGGUCUGAAAAGUGGUCGUCUGGGACCCAACAAAUCCGGGGUCUGACAUUGGCUGAGGGAGCGAACAAGGACCAGAUGAGAUUCUGGAUGCGACAGCAGAAGUACCUGGAACUCCUCGAACAGCGCGAUCUUGGAGCUGCGCUCAUGGUGCUCCGUCAAGAGCUUACACCUCUCCAUCAAGACACUCAUGCGCUACACUCUUUGUCAAGUUUGAUGAUGUGCCAGUCAGCCGAGGAUCUCAAGCUCCAAGCAAGCUGGGAUGGUGCAGCAGGCGAAUCGCGGAGUAUUCUUCUCUCCGAGUUGUCCAAAUCCAUAUCCCCCAACGUCAUGAUACCCGAACACAGACUCGCAGUACUCUUGGAUCAGGUGAAGGAUCAUUGGGUUAGCAAGUGUCUUUACCACAACACCUCGGCCUCUCCUUCGCUUUACCUCGACCACCAAUGCGACCGCGAAGAAUUCCCGCUUAGGUCGGUGCUUGAGCUUCGUCAUCAUCUUGACGAGGUCUGGUUCCUCAAGUUCUCCAAUGAUGGAUCCAUGCUUGCAACCACGGGCAAGGACCAAAGGAUUAACGUCUACGACACAUCAAACUACACGCGGCGUUUCGCUCUUGAAGAUCAUGAGAACGGCGUCUGCUACCUCGCCUGGAGCCCUGAUGAUACGAAGCUCAUCAGCUGCAGCCAGGACAACUCUGCCAAGCUGUGGGAUAUGACGAACGGCCAACUUAUUCAAAGCCUCGACAAGGGAUUCGACUACCCCGUGACCUCGGCGGCCUGGGCUCCAAACGGCGAGACCUUCGUUACCGGCUCCCAAGACACCAACGCUGGUCUCUGCAUCUGGACCAAAGACGGAGAGAAGAGACACACGUGGAAGGAGGAUGGCAGUGAGCGCGAGCGCGGCUACGCUCUCCGUGUCCACGAUGUAGCUAUCACUCCGGAUGGCGAACGUCUCGUGGUUGUGCUGGAGCAUCACGUCAUGGUCUACGACUACCUGACUCAGGAGAAGCUCUACGAAUACGAGAUGAGCGACGUCAAGUUGACAUCCUUGAGCAUCAGCCAGGAUUCACAACACAUGCUCGUCAGCAUGAACGAGAACAGGAUUUGCCUUAUGGAAAUCGAGACUGGCGAGCUCCUGCAAAAGUACGAAGGCCAGAAGCAAAGAGAAUACAUAAUCCGGAGCGCUUUCGGAGGAGCUAGCGAGAACUUCGUCGUCAGUGGCAGCGAAGAUUCACGGGUCUACAUCUGGCGGUCGAACGGCAAUCUGGUCGAAAAGCUCGAGGCACACAGAUCCGGCUGCGUCAACUGCGUUGCGUGGCACCCCAAGGAUCCCACGGUCUUUGCCUCUGCAGGCGACGAUCGUACAGUUCGCAUGUAA